CGGGGUCAGAGGCCUCAGCUGGCCGUUUCCCGGAGUUCCACCAGAGACAAGGCGAGGUCAUGGCUCCGUGCGACCGGGAAGAGCAGCAAGCCGACUUUGAUGCAGACGACGGGUGGGUGCUGCUACGGAAUCGCGAUGAAGCAGGGGACGACGCGCCGCCAGGUGAACAAGACGAAGGAAAGACAGUCGAAAAACAAGGAGCAGCCAAGGCACAAGCGGACACCGAGUUGACCGAGCCGGACCGGGAGCGUCACACGUCUUCUAGGAACAGCCAGCGCGAUUGCGACGACCUGCCGGAACCCGAAGGCCCCCUCGACUUGGACGACCUGUGCUAUCUCUUUUGCUGCUGGGAGACGUGGCCCCUUGUCCGUCCGAUGCUGCCGACAACGCUGCUCGGCUUGGACCUCGCCAUUCGGGUGAUAAGCACGGCGACGCUGUACUCCGGCCUGGCGCAGCUGGUGUACUGGGUAGCGGGCGAGCUGCGCGCCAUCAGGAACCGUCACCUAUACCCGUGGCUCGCGUCAACUCUCGUGCUCCUGCUGAAUGCGCUCCUGUUCACCGCGUGCAUUGCAAACGUCGCGCUGCUCCUGCGCGGCAUCGCGGAGAUGCUCUCGUGGUUCCUCCUGGCGGGCUUGCUGGCGACCUACGAAAGUUUCAGCAAACACCUCACCUGCGCGCUGCAAGGCCCAAACACGGUUCGCCAGCCGCUCUUGGAUUCGUGCCCGACGUCGCCGAACGUCACAACGCCGUGCUGGGGGGCCCGCCUGUAUGUGCGGCUUGCAGAGUCUGAGAACGGCCACAAGGUCGAGGCUAUGUACGAGUUCAGCGAAGGCAGUUUCGUCACCUUCAUGGUCUGGCUCAGUUUUGCCGCGGGCGUAUUUUCAUUGGUGCUGACACUGGUAGCAAAGGAUGCCGUAAAGAGGGAGAAGAAAAUGUACGCCUACGUCCUCAACGCGUUGCGCAUCUACUCGGCACAUAAGAGAGAUCUGGAACCCGGAAAUAAUGGAGCUCCUGAACGGGUCGUCGAUUUCAGUAGUACAUCGGUCCUCCAAUUUCUGGCGGAUAUAUUGGUACCGAUUUGGAACCCGGUGCCUAAACGGAACGCAAAAUGCGCAGCUUCCUCGCGUCGCACGGAUUUGAACCCCCAAACUUCCAGGACGCCGAAUGCUGCGGAAGUGCCGUCUAAGGAUGGGCCACUACGACGCGAAAGACACCGUCGACGACGGGCCGUGAAGGAUUUAAGGGGUGUCCCAGGGCAUCGCAGUGCCCAAAACUGAUUACGCGGGUCUUUAUGCAGCCGAAGCGAUGCGGAAUCACCCCGUUUUGGCGGCACCACGCGUACAUCGGCAGGAUCGGACAUCGCAUCGUACAUCGGCAGGGCUUUUAUAUUUAUUUGCCGCGUAUCAAAUAUCUGCUCUGGCCCAACCUCAAACAAAAGAGGCGGGGAUACAAUGUAAGUGUUAUACAAAGCCGAAGCGCUCCAAAUUAU